AUGGAGAAACAGGAAACUCCAUUCCCCGCAAAUACCCGCCCCAAGACCCCGCGACGCGACCGGGUCCUCACCAAGAUCGCUGCUGGGUUGGGUGUCAUCUCACUCGUUUUGCUGGCUCUCCGAUGGAUCCCCGUCCCCGUUUCCAGCUUGAAUUUUCAUGGGUGCCAUCGACAUGGAAAAUCUGUACAUGAAAUACCGCCCCCAAAUGCCGCGGAGGUACCCCUUGAUGGCGUCUCAGACCAAACUAUCAACCAACGCGUGCCUUUUGAGGCUCAUAUUAUGAGCAAAUGUCCAGACGCACGAGACUGCAUCCGGCAACUUGUCGUGCCGGCGAUGGAGCAGAUCAGCGACAAGGUUGAUUUCCAGCUGUCGUUCAUCGCAAGUGUGUCCAAUAAAUCGUCGGAUGUAGAGUGUAAGCAUGGGCCCGCCGAGUGUAUCGGCGAUAUGCUCAUGCUCUGCGCUGCAAAUCUCCCCUUCCCGCCCAAGAGCCAAACUGCACAAAGCUCUGGUUCUCGAACCCCUGUCAUCCGAUCUCUUGGCUUUGCGACCUGCCUUAUCACUGACUACACAGAGAUUCCCGAUAGGUCGUUGGUGGAGCAAUGUGCCUUGGAACACGGUAUUGAUUUCGAGGCCUUGAAUGAAUGUGCCAGUGCGGAGGAUGAUGGCUUUUUCAGCUCCGCUGACGACGAGCCCCGCAGCGGUGUUGCGCUUCUUCGGAAUAGUGCUCUUCAUAGCGCGGAGCUUGGCAUUCAAACCAGCUGCACCGUUCGUCUAGAUGAUGCUGUGUGGUGCGUCCGGGAUGAUGGGGUUUGGAAGGAUUGCGCUAAGGAAGGGAAUGCCAGUAAAGUGUCGGUGCUUGUCCAAGAGAUCGAAAGGCUCUGGAAGCAGAGAAAUUGA